GUUUGACCCGCACGUGUCCGCUUCUUUUCUGUAAGCGCGUAGAACAUCGGGGCGGGUCGGUGUGUUUGAGUGCAGUACAACAAGCUGCAUUAAUUAUUAAGUUUUGACAUGGUUAUUACUUUGGAAGUAAGGAAACUGUACAAAUAUCCAUUUGAGCGCGUCGUAGAAAUGCACUUAAAUAAGUAUCCCUGUCCUCUGGAGAAACAUGUCCGUGGAAUUAAAACAGUGGAGGAAAAAACAGACUGCAAAUCAGGAAUUAUUUAUAGAAGAAAGAUAGCAAUCUGCAACAAUGUGGUUCCAAAGAUCCUAAGAAAGAUUAAUAUACUAAAUGUUAAUGACAUUUACAUGGAAGAAGAGUCUUGGCUUGAUAUGAAGCAAAAGAUUAUGAAUAUUAAAAGCAGAUGUCUAACUUGGACCCAAUAUGCCUCUUUAAAUGAAGUAUCAUUUUUUAAAGAAAGUGGAGAGAACCCAGACUGAGGAAGGAAGAGAAAAUGUG